UAACGUCGUCGUUUUAGAAAACGGACACCCUGUAGGUUUCAUUUUCCAGAGUUUGUUGAAGAAAGGGAAAGCGAGAACAAAAAAAGAGAAACUGACUCUGCAAGGAAAGGGCCAAAAUUAAAGCUUUUAAGUUUUAAAUCCUUUGUUUUCGGGUUCUGUUAUCAUUCUUCGGAUCUCUGAUUUCUUUUCUUUACUUCCCCUCCAAAGUUUUAUCCUUUUUUAAAAAUUUCUUUUAUCAUAAUUUUCAUUUAGAUCAUGCAUGUUUCCAGGUCAAACAUGUUAUCAGCUUUUCAUUGUCAUAUUUGGCCUCAAGCUCUUAACUUUUGUUGUCCGAUUUCAGUCUUCAUCUGUUUUAGUUGAUGGGCAUUCUUGUUUUUCGUUGAUUUCUAUAUUUUUCUUGUUGUAGACUCCAGUUCUGGGUAAUUAAGAUUUUAAUUUGAGUUCCUUUUAAAGGGUAUUUUUUUUUCCCUUUGAUGUGUGUGUUUUGGUGAAUUAAUUAAGAGAAAUAAGAGAUGUAUAUUGAAGAAUUGAAGGAAGGGGAGCAACAGGAUCAAGAUCAGAGUCAAUUGUGUGGAGAGAGCUUGAUUGUUUGGGAUGCAAAAAGGGUUUUGGUGGGAGCUGGUGCACGUGCUCUUUUUUAUCCAACUUUGUUGUACAAUGUUCUCAGGAACAAGAUUCAGUCAGAGUUUAGGUGGUGGGAUAGAGUUGAUGAGUUUAUUUUGUUAGGUGCUGUGCCUUUCCCUGCUGAUGUUCCCCGCUUGAAGGAUCUUGGUGUCUCUGGGGUUGUGACCUUAAAUGAACCAUACGAGACUUUGGUCCCAACAUCACUAUAUCAUGCACACAACAUUGAUCAUUUGGUGAUUCCUACAAGGGACUAUCUUUUUGCUCCAUCAUUUGCUGAUAUAUGCCAAGCUGUAGAUUUCAUACAUGUGAAUUCAUCUCUUGGAAAGACCACAUAUGUUCACUGCAAGGCUGGUCGAGGGCGCAGCACAACGAUUGUUCUCUGCUACCUGGUGGAACAUAGGCAUAUGACACCUGAUGCGGCUUAUGAAUAUGUCAAAUCUAUCAGACCUAGGGUACUUCUGGCACCAGCACAGCAGCAGGCCGUUCAAGACUACUAUCUUCACAAGGUCAAAAAUAAUGGAAUCCCUGAAAACUCUUGCUGCAUGAUAGUAAAGAAAACCCUAGUUUUCCCAUUAAAACAGAACACAGUGGCCUUUGAUGAUGGCUCUGUAGUUGUUGUAACGGAGUCAGACCUUGAUGGAUAUGAUGCUAGCUUUGACACAGAUUUGUCCGCUAAAGAGAUGUUGGGAGACAGAACCCUGGCUGGCAGGUUUCAGUUUGCUAGUCACGCUGCUAUUGGCAGACUUUCAUGCCUAUGGAUACGUUGCCAUGCGGAUCAGAAGACAUCUAGAAAGCUAUUGAGCAGUCUUGGUAUUGACAUCUGGGUUUAUUGAUUUGCCGGUAUCAAAUCAUGAUGUUAAUUUGAGAAUUUUUUUGAUUAACUUUUCAAUUUUUGUUUCCCAAAGUGCAUUGUGUUUUGUGUUUUUUCAAUUUUUGGUUGGGUUAUACAGGGAAUGAAGUGUAUAUUCAUUCUGGUUUAACUCAAGUUGAGAGGUCGUGGAAGAGAUAGAGCGCAAGUUUAGUUUUCCUAUCUUUCCAGAAGCAUAGAGAUUGAGGAAGCAUUUGUACAAUGGUAGGCAUGGUAUUUCAUGAAAAGGUACUGCAAGUUUAUUUGUUUAGAUGGGGAAAGACUUCCAAGUUUGUACAUUGCUUGGGCAUGCUGUUUUAAUAAGCAUUGAUUUGCUUCUCUCCCUGCACAUGCAUGCACACCUUUGUACUCAGAUUUGCCAAUUUGCAUUGUUCCUUAGCAAAUCCAGUUAGACAGCCUUACUUCAAAUGGUAAGUGAUUUGAGAACCAGUCUUGGGUGUAAGAUGACAACACCACUUUUCUCUUGUAAGGCUAGCUUACUGAAAAAGAUCAUCUAAAUACGAUGGAGCAUUGCUUGGAGACUUAGUCGGACACGGGUAUUUGCUUUUUACUUGGACGCUAUUGUGAAAAAUGAAUUAGGUGGAAUUAGAGGAGGAACAAGGAUGGUAAGUUAAUGUAGUUCUUGUGUCUUUCAAAAUAUCGUGAAAAAUAUUAGGAAUGAGCUCAAUAUAUUUGGUGAAUUCAAGUGAUUGAUUGAACAUGUAGAAUCAAACUUAGGUAGGUUUCGAUUAUUUUGCA